CAAAGGUAUAGCUCAAAACGGAGAUAGGAAAGGCAAAGGGAUCUACCGUAUAUAUUCUCUUCAAAUAAUUUAAGUAGAAUUCUUUUGGAAACAUAAAUGCUUUUUGUAUAAUAUUUACAUGUAGAAGUAAUAUAUUUACUCAAAAUUAAUAUAUGUACACUUUAUACAUCCAAUGUCCAUUGCUGUUUUUACCAACAAACCGAAGCGCCGCUUUUGAAAGAUUUUCGUUUUAAAGAUGAACUUCUACAUUUUGAGUCUUUUCCUCACCUUGGAUUUAACCUCAGUAGCCUCAAGCCUGUCCACAUGUAGCACGCUGGACAUGGAUCAGUUCAUGAAGAAGCGCAUCGAGGCCAUCCGCGGGCAGAUCCUGAGCAAGCUGAAGCUCGCGAGCCCCCCGGAGCACUACCCCGAGCGCGAGGACGUUUCCCGGGAGAUCAUCGCCAUCUACAACAGCACGCGCGACCUGCUGCAGGAGAAAGCCAACGAGCGCGCGGCGACCUGCGAGCGGCAGCGGAGCGAGGAGGAGUAUUACGCCAAGGAGGUGCAUAAAAUCGAUAUGCAGCCCUUCCAUCCCUCCGAAAAUGUCAUCUCCCAUACGCACUAUAGUCCCUACUUCAGACGGCUCACCUUUGACGUGUCGUCGAUGGAAAAAAAUGCUUCAAACUUGGUCAAGGCAGAGCUUCGCAUCUUUCGGCUACAGAACCCUAAGGCUCGCGUGUCUGAGCAGCGGAUUGAGCUGUACCAGAUUCUGGCUCACAAAGAGGGGACGGCCCCGACGCAGCGCUACAUAGACAGCAAGGUGGUGCGCACACGCACUGAGGGCGAGUGGCUGUCCUUCGACGUGACAGAAGCCGUCAGCGAAUGGCUGCUGCACAGAGACAGAAACAAUGGCUUCAAGAUCAGUUUACAUUGCCCGUGUUGUACAUUUGUGCCAUCGAAUAAUUACAUUAUACCAAACAAGAGCGAGGAACUGGAGGUCAGGUUCGCAGGUAUAGAUGACAGCUUCUUGCAUGGUGGGGAUCUGAAGGUGUUUAAGAGGCGCCGGCCAAAUGGGCAAAACCCCCACCUCCUGAUUAUGCUGCUGCCCUCCUAUCGCCUGGAGUCACAACACAGGAGUCACCGACAGAAGCGCGCUGUGGACACUGCCUUCUGCUCCAGGAAUAUGCAGGAUGCGUGCUGCUUGAGGUCGCUCUACAUCGACUUCAGGAAGGACCUGGGCUGGCGCUGGAUCCAGGAGCCAAGAGGUUACCAUGCCAACUUCUGUGCCGGUGCAUGUCCGUACCUGUGGAGUGCGGACACACAACACAGCAGGGUCCUGGGUCUGUACAACACCAUCAACCCCGAGGCCUCAGCCUCCCCUUGCUGUGUGUCCCAGGACCUGGAGCCCCUCACCAUACUCUACUAUAUUGGCAAGAACCCCAAGAUUGAGCAGCUCUCCAACAUGAUUGUAAAGUCCUGCAAGUGCAGCUAGAAACUGUCCCAUAUCUACACACAGAAACACACACACACAUACACACACAAAUGCGCACACACACAAACAUGCACGCUCACGCACACAUUCAGAUGUUUUUCAAGAGUAACUGUGUGUUAUGUACUGACAGAUAGUGUACAGAUGGCCCUGUCGACACACCCACCUCACACACAGAUCAGACACAAGGAGACUGAGGAAGGUAAACACUGGAAGAAUAUAUUAAGUGUCAAUAUGUGAAGUAAGAAGUUGGCCAAUUCCCCACUUUCUACAGCCAGUCCAAGCCAAUUUCGCAUUGUUGUUUUGCAUUUUUGAAAAUUGUAUUUUUAAAAUUCUAGUGCCAUUUGAAUUAUUUUACAGUGGAAAACCCAGUUUGGUAUGAGUAGUUUUCAGUGGAAAUCCCUGAAUGGGGUGUCAAGAUGAUAGUCUUGGUUGCUCUUGUGUCACCUGUAGUCCCACAGUGGAGCAUGGACCCAUUCUUUUGGCUCCAUGCUGAAGACCAUGUAAUAAUGAUGUAAUGACAAUGAAGAGUAAUAUCAGGCAUUGCUCAGCAGAAAGACAUGUUUUCUCUUUCUCUACUGGCCAAGGUUCAUGUACAGAGGAGGCACACCCAGGCAUUGAGAGAUACACCCACACACAGGGAAGCAUGCCCACACAGCUAUGCAUGUUCAUAUGUUGGGACACACCCACACGAGAAGAAGACACACCCAUGCACUCGGAGACAUGGAAAGGGUCCAACACACACUUCUGGCUCACAGAAUUGACCGCGUCAGUUUUCAUAUGGGUCUGUUCUUUUCCAAAUUCACCGAACUAGCUUUCCGCAUUGCAAAAUAGCUGUACUUGUAGUUUUUAAGGACUAUGGCGAAAGCUGGCUUCAGAUCCAUUGAUUAGUGAUAUCACCUCCCUCAGGCAGUGCUGGAUAAGGCCUGUCUCCCUCAAUGCAUGUACAGGAAGUGAGGUCAUUAUGUAGACAGCAGGGAAAGGAAGUGGUCUUGUCAUGUAUACAGGGACAGAUAGUGAUGGUUAGACAACUGACAGCACAGAUGCAAAAUUCAGGUAUUUAGGGAAUGUGACCCCAGGCUGUGUGUUCAGUAGGAAACUGUCCUGCCGUCUUGUAAUGUACAGUAAGAAAGGUCACUUAAGGGGUCAGGAGUGCAGCAGUGCUCUGGUUGCCAUAGACACGUACAUUAGUCUUGCCCCCUCCCCCAACACACCUUUUCAUAUUAGGAACAAAAU